AUGUCCAAAGAACCCAUAGUACACAGCUCGUUCGAAGACAAGACAGGCACAUGGCAGUACGUGGUGGCGGAUCCGUCUACUGACAGAGCCGUUGUCAUCGAUCCAGUACUCGACUACGACGCGAACACCCAGACUAUCAGUACCCAAACAGCCGAUGGUUUGUUGGCAACAAUAUCAGAGAAUGGGUACCACAUCGAGAAGAUAUUGGAAACUCAUGCACAUGCCGAUCAUUUAACGGCAGCUUCCUACCUCCAACAACGUCUGUCCUCGCAGCAAGGCUUCAGACCACCAAUCUGCAUUGGUAAGAGAAUCCGAGAGGUUCAGACACGAUUUGCCGCUAGGUAUGGGAUUGCGGCUGUGGAGUACGAGAACGCGUUCGAUCAUCUGUUCGAAGACGAUGAGGUGUUCGAGAUUGGGCAGUUGAAAGUAAAGGUCAUGCACCUUCCUGGACAUACUCCAGAUCAUAUUGGAUAUCGAAUUGGUGGCAAUGUAUUUUGCGGCGACUCCAUAUUCCAUGCUGAUAUCGGCACGGCAAGAUGCGACUUUCCAGGUGGUAGUGCGAAAAGUCUGUAUGCUUCAGCGUGGAAGCUGCUGGAACUGCCAGACGAAGUCAAGGUUUGGACCGGCCAUGACUAUCCAGCUUGCCCAGAGCGAUGUGAGGCUGUGCCUUGGAUGACCGUGAGGGACCACAAAGAGAAGAACAAACAUCUUGCCAAUGACGUAGAGGAAGAUGAUUUCUUGACUUUGCGGAAGGAAAGGGAUGCAAGCCUGGCGGCACCGAAGUUAUUGCACCCUUCCCUGCAGAUCAACAUUCGUGCUGGAAGACUUCCGCAGCCAACAUCGGGAGACCAGCGUUUGAUGCAUCUCCCAAUCAGGGUCAGUGGCGCGACGUGGUAG